AUGGCGUCCCUCCCUUUUGGCCGUUCAUGGCCUCUGCAAAAACUGUGUCUGAGCCCGCAGAAUCACAGAGCCUUGGACGCCGUAUGCUGCUGCGCCGCCUCCACAGCUUCAACUCCGCACAACCUCGGCCGUGUCGGAGCUUCGAGCGGAACUUUAGAACCCAUCGUCGUCAACGGCCAUCCGCCGACUUUCGUCUCCGCCCCCGGCCGCCGUAUCAUCGCAGUUGGGGAUUUACAUGGAGAUCUUGAUAAAACAAGGUAUGCUCUUCAGAUGGCUGGAGUCUUGAGUGCUGAUGGUGAGGAUUUAUGGGUCGGUGGACAAACGGUAUUGGUUCAGCUUGGAGAUAUUUUAGAUAGGGGUGAAAAUGAAGUUGCGAUUUUGUCAUUGUUGAAGUCACUGGGUAUCCAGGCCAAAGUCAAUGGAGGUGCAGUUUUCCAGGUUAAUGGGAAUCAUGAAACCAUGAAUGUGGACGGUGAUUUUCGUUAUGUUUAUUCGGGUGGAUUUGAAGAGUGUGCUGACUUCCUGGAACAUUUGAAGAUAUGUGGCCAUAACUGGGAAGAGGCGUUUGUGGGUUGGGUUGGAGUGACUAAAAAAUUGAAAGAAGAUCGGCGCAAGUACUGGGAUCCUUGGGAUGUGAUGAAGAAGCAUGAAGGAGUGAUCUCAAGAUCAAUUCUGCUACGACCAGGAGGUUCAUUGGCAUCUGAAUUGGCACAACAUCCAGUUGUUCUCAAAAUCAAUGACUGGAUAUUCUGCCAUGGUGGCCUUCUUCCUCAUCACGUUGAGUACGGCAUAGAGAGGAUGAACAGAGAAGUAUCUUAUUGGAUGAAAGGCCUUUGCACGGACGAUGAUUAUCCUCAGAUCCCCUUUUUAGCCAUCAGAGGGUAUGACAGUGUAGUUUGGAGCCGUUUAUACUCAAGAGAGACGUCAGAUCUGCAAGAAUAUCAGAUCAAUCAGACCCAAUCUAUUCUUGGUGAGACGCUUCAAGCACUAGGUGCGAAGGCAAUGGUUGUUGGUCACACUCCACAGGCUACUGGAGUAAAUUGCAAAUUCAACUGCAGUAUUUGGCGUAUUGAUGUGGGGAUGUCUAGAGGAGUACUUGAUUCAAGGCCUGAGGUUCUAGAGAUACAUGAGGGCAAAGCAAGGGCAAUCAGGAGCAGAAGAGGUGCAUCUGGGAGAAAUCAGUGGUUUUUGGGAAUUGCUUCUUUGGAUGCAAACUUUGGCAGUAGUGUUGAGCUUAUUCCGUUGAUGGUAAAUUCUACGACAAUAUCUUUUAUCAUGAAGUACUCAUGUACAGUGCUGAGCUACAACGAUUUAGAAGCUUAUACAUACGUGUUUACCGAGUAA